AUGACGCGAAGCCGAAGCACGUCCCCGAAAGACAAGCGAACGGCGCCCAAAGGCAGACGCUCCGAACGUUUGAAGCCGAACGCGGUGACCGAACAGGAAGGGGCAGAAACAGAAGAAGAGGUACUGACAGCGGAGCUGGCGAUGGUCCCAACCAGUGGGACCUCGACCAUGCAGCCGGUCGAAGACGAAACCAAGGAAGAAAAACAAUCGCCCAAGACAAGUGAACGAUCUGCGCCACAUUCGAUGCCCAAAUCAUUAGAAGGUGGCUAUAUCGAGUUGGACAACUACGAUGAUGAGAAGACCGAUCUGGUUCGACAUCAAGAGCGCCAACAAGCGGCGAAAGCGCGCCAAGGCGGCGAAACCGCCAAUGCGGAGCGACGUCGACGGAAUCGUGAAGCGAAACCAAAGAACAAGAAAGUCGACUACGUGGCCCAGGCCAAGGCGGAACAUGCGCGUCGACUGCAGCUACUUUUGACUCACCCGUGUGGCAGCCAACGGCGCAGAAAUGGACAACACAACCUGGGAACUCAGGAUGGACUCCAGUGA